AUGUAUCCCACGGAUCGGCAGAACCUUCUCGCCGAAGAGGGCCGAAGUUCUAAUUUGGGCGGAGUUGGAGUUGAACAGUCACAACAACAGGGAAGGCAUCCUGUGGUUGGAAUGUUCCACAUGGGAUUUCGAUCGGCCGCCAUUGUGUCUUACAUCCUCUGCUCAUGGUUCAGCAGUUCAUUUGUGCUCAACUUCGUUCUAAUCGUACUCUGCCUGGCUUGCGACUUCUGGUAUGUGAAGAACAUCUCCGGUCGACUGUUAGUUGGUCUUCGAUGGUGGAAUGUAGUCAGUGAAGACGGCACCAGCAAUUGGGUCUACGAGUCGCGAAAGGAUACAUCAACGAUCGUUCCAGCGGAAUCAAGCCUAUUCUGGUGGAGUUUGUAUGUAUAUACGGGCCUCUGGGGUUUUUUGCUCUUCACGGCACUUAUUGGUCUGCACUUCCAGUACAUGGUUAUCGUCAUCGUGGCCCUUUUCCUCAACUUAGCCAAUGUGUACGGCUACACCAAGGCCCAGAGAAACGCACGGAAUAAUGCCACCAAUGGUGACCAACAGGGCGAUGGAUCCUACUUCCAGAAUAUGGCCGGUCAAAUGAUGGCGCGUAGUUUAUGGAACCAAGCCACGACCGCCGUGUCGAAUGUUGGCGGGGGUGGCAAUGCAAAUGUAAGCAAUGGUCCCACCUUCAACUAAAGUAAAGGCACCUAAUGAUCCCCAGAGAUUGAGAAAAUUUAGGGUACAUAUCCGGUCACUUAAUAGGCCAUGCCAAACACUGUACAACAGUCGAGAUUUAUGGCUAUAUAUGUGCCCGUGUACUCUUUGAGAUAAAACUUACGACCUGAAUGGUAGAUUGAAGUGAAUGCCGCAUGGCGAAUCAAGCUUGGCAUCUAACAUCCGUCGCCUACAAUUGAUAUAAAGUGAAAGAUCAAUUUUGAAUCCCUUUCUUUUGCACCCUAUCAUUAUGGACUUUGCCUGCGCAAUAUGUCGAUUGCGCAGCAAUUCAACGCAGUUCGAAAUAGGGCACGAAAAAGGUCUUACAGGAAUAAAGUUUUGCGUCCGUCUCAGACCGGA